CGCGGCCUCGUUCUGGAAAUGUCAUCAUGAGGUCACGUGUGUACACCACUGACCUCAUGACCCGGAAGUGUCUGUAAUAGAUCCGCAAGUUUUCCCAAGAUCAGAGCAACAGAAGCUGGUUUACAUUGAUAGAAAUGAAUACCCGCGGUCUCAGGUCCCAGCUGAAGGACAGCGUUCCUGUGACUGGUUUGUGUCCGCAGGCUGGUGCAUAUGGGGUUCCCGACACGCUUCGCAAGGGGUUUAGUAGUGUGAAAAAUGAACUUGUCCCAAGUCACCCACUGGAGAUGUCAGAGAAGAAUUUCCAGCUCAAUCAGGACAAGAUGAACUUCUCCACACUCAGAAACAUCCAAGGCCUCCAUGCACCCCUCAAAUUACAGAUGGAGUACAGAGCAGCAAAACAGAUCCAACGGCUGCCAUUCUUGCAAAGCUCCAACAUUGCCCUGGAUACACUCAGAGGGAGUGACGAUAGCAUUGGGUUCGAGGACAUCCUGAAUGAUCCAGCACAGAGUGAAGUGAUGGGAGAGCCCCACAUCAUGGUGGAGUACAGGAUGGGCCUCCUGUGAUGGAGCAGCUCUGCCUACAUGCACCCUGCUUUGUGUGUGACGUCAUUCCCGCUCAACGCUCCCCACAUGUGCAGCCACUCGGUUUUCUAUGGUCAUGUUUCCUGUAUUUUGAAUAAAAUUAGAUCCUGAAAUAA